GCACAAUGGCCCUCCGUCUUCUCCCUUCUUUCUUCUUCUUCUCUUCAUUCAUCCUCCUCCUCCUCGUAGCUCUCUCAGUACCAAUCAUAAAACAAAUAUUCCUCCUCACUGCUACUGUGAAUGUAACAGGUUCAGUACUCGGAACAACAGGAUCUGCAGCAGAAUCAGUAGACUUUGGAGUAUGGGGUUGGUGUGCAGGUGAUGCGACUCUCACCGUCGCAGGCCAGACAGACGAACUUGUCGCACCCCAGUGCUCUUCCCCCCAGCUCGGCUACGUACUCGACCCAACCGUAUCCGGCAUCCUCGAGCUCAGCGGCACAUCAGCGCAAGACUCCCAACUGCUCCAAAAAGGCGUAACAGUCGCGCUCAUCCUCCAUCCUAUCGCAGCAGCCCUAGCCCUCCUCACUUGCCUCUUCAGCUUCCUCCUCCUCCGGCCUUACGCAUCAUGGUGCGACCUCUGUGGUCUCCUCCCCGUCGCCCUCCUCUCCACCGCGACCACCACAGUGAUCUUCGUCGUCGACCUCGUGUUCGUCAUCAUCGCUCGGUCCAAAGUUUCAGACGCGACAGGCGGCGCCGUCGCACUCGGGUUUGGCAACGGGGUGUGGAUGGUAUUGGGCGCUAUGGUCGCUGUUUGGCUUGGCCUGUUUGGGGUGUUUGGAGCCGUCUGCUGUGGAGGGACGGAUAGGGAGGAAGGGGGAUGGAGGGAGGAGCCGGAGUACAAGUGGUAAACAUGAACAAGGACGCGCUGGAUGACGGCAUGGACGACAGCGACAGGUUUGGAAGGGACAGGCGCGCAUGUAUUGGACUGCUGUGACUUACGAUAUUCUGUUCUCGUUUCUCCUUUUUUUACUUGAUCAAGAUUCACUCUCAUGGUAUGAUACCGUUGUAUUAUCUACCCGCUAUGUACGUGCCACCUGAUGAAUACAAUGCGAUGCGAUGGUAUGCGAUGCAACGUAGAUCUUAACUGGACGGACAGUGGGUUAGGCGCCUGAAUUGGGCUCUUAGAUGUCGGGGUUGUACUGAGUGGUCCGAUCUGGCCACUUGGUUAUUUUUCUCGUUUUCUUGUUCGUCUGUGCGCCGCAGGCAGGACACGAACAACACGUUAUCACCACUGUAUUAUACCCUCUACUGUAC